UGGCAACUGUUGCUAAGGGUCCCAUUACCAGAGUAACCGGUGAUUGUUUACUUUAGUCUAGCCAGAAUUCCCUACUUGCAGUGCGGCAGACUGCGACUCAUUUCUGUGGGCUAAACUGCUGACAGACUAUGUGAUUUCACCUCUGUCGUGUCUGUGCUUCAGUCUGUGGGUUUCUGUUUGCCUUGCCUUUGGAGUACAAGCUUGAGCGCACAUGGCAGGAGAGGAACAGGCUGAGUGGGUUUUCAUGGAGUCUGGCUGUCCCUGUGUGUGAGACACUGGAGCUACAGCCAUCACCAGAGAUCUGCACGAGCAGAGGUCAUGUCUGAGUGCUGGGUGAAGUCCUGCAGUGAAGGCCCGGCAGAGGAGAGAGAACGGCAGAAGCCACAAGGGGAAAACGGAGAGAAGGAGGAAGUGAAGGCUCCCUGUGGGGACAACGUGCCAGCAGGAAGCCUGAGGCAGGAGGAGCCAAGGGGAGAACCGGCCUCGUCACCUGACCAUAGGGACAUGCAGGAAGUAGCAUCAGGAAGUGGACUGGAACAUGUCCAAAGGGAGGAGACGCAGACUCAAGAAAAGAGAAAGAAGUUUUCCCACAUUACUUUCAACAAGGAAAAUCCAUAUAGUGGGCCAGCAUCAGGUGUGGACCUGGUGCGGCACCGCCGGAGGUCCCUCCCCAGGGAGAUGUCGACCUGCUCCUACCCAGACAGGGACAGGCAGCGGAAGGUAGAGGAGCCCCGGGGGCCUGGGCCCUUCUACUUCGUCGGAGGAGCCAACGGAGCUGAAAUAGUGAGCCGUUACUGUGAGAGCAGAGGAUGGAAGAGGAUUUACAACAAGCAGAGGGAGGAUUUCAAACUCAAGUGGUGUGAGACUAAAUCACAAGCAAACUACAGUAACUUCAGAGAAGGUGAACAGUUGGUGUACCAGAUCCCCAACAACAAGGUGCUCACCACUAAGAUCGGCCUCCUCAGCAGCCUGCGGGAGUAUGAGCGGGUCAGCAGCAAAGUCAAACACAGAGCAGGACUCAGGAGUCUAAAAAUGGAAGAGUUUAUUCCCACUACCUUCCGCAUGGAUGUGAGGGAGGAGAGGGAGGCUUUCUUUGCCCAGCAGGAGGGUGUGAGCAACAACGAGGGUCCCAUGUGGAUCUGCAAGCCCUCGGGCCUGAACCAGGGGAAAGGCAUCUUCCUGCUGAAGAGCCAGGAGGACGUCGCGUCCUUCAGACUGAAGCUGCAGCACACGGAGGACACCCAGGCCGACAGGAAGCUGCUCCAGCGCCUGCCUCAGGCUCGCAUUGUCCAACAUUACAUCCAGAGGCCGCUGCUCCUGAAAGGGAAAAAGUUUGAUGUGCGCUCAUACCUUCUGAUCGCCUGCACCGCACCCUACAUGGUCUUCUUUCGUCAUGGAUACGUGCGACUGACCUGUGACCUCUACGACCCGAGUUCCAACAACCUCUCUGCCCACCUGACCAAUCAGUACAUGCAGAAGAAGAACCCUUUGUACAGCCAGCUGAAGGAGGACACUGUUUGGACCAUGGAGCGCUUCAACACCUACGUCAAUGGCAGGUUUCGGGUUGCCAAGGGUCUGCCCGGGGACUGGGUGAUGGGCGCCUUUGCAGAGCGCAUGCAGCAGAUCAUGACGCAGUGUUUCCUAGCAGUCAAAUCCAAACUAGACUGCAGACUGGGCUUCUUUGACUUAAUUGGAUGCGACUUUAUGGUUGAUGAGGACUUCAAGGUGUGGCUGUUGGAGAUGAACUGUAACCCAGCUCUCCACACCAACUGUGAAGUGCUGAAGGAGGUGAUACCGAGCACCGUGAAGGAGACACUGGAUUUAACUCUGGAGAUCUUCAACAAGUGUCGCCUCAAGCAGAGAAUUCUUCCUCUGGCCAGUCAGAGGGACUUUGUGCUGCUUUACAACAAAGUGGCUCCUCCUGAUUCACUGCUGGGCUGCAGCAAGAGCAACACACAUACUGAGAUCCUUCAAAAGAGCUCCAAAAAGACUGAACCCAGAAGAUAUAAGUCAGGGACUGAAGACAAAACGGUCCCCUCUCCAUCCCCUAAUGAUGUCUCUGGCAGUGUUCAAGGACGGGGGGGGACAAAGUCUGGCCAGCGCUCCUCCACCUCGGUUCAGGGACCUCCACAUGUACACAGCAGGCAGACUGUUAAGUAUAAGAACCCCAGGCCUCGGGUCGAAUUAAAGCCGAGUAAAUGUACUUUGGAUGACGGGGAGCAUCAGCAGCAGAAGAGGAUCAUCAUGACGCUGUCGUCACCAGGAACCUCUGUCCGUGGAUCACCAUUCCCUCCUGAUGCUGGAUCUCCUGUGAGUGGGAACAAACAGGAAAAAAAGCCCAGAGAGGAUAUUUAAGUUUAUGCGAGUAAAGAGGAACUGUGAUGCAUCAUGUGCAAAUAGCUGGGAUCUAAAAGGCCACAUCUAAAAAAAGGCUUGAAAAAAGGAGGAUCCACACUUCUGGUGCUGUUUGUCUGUGAGAAAUAAACGCUGAAAUGUAUUAAUGCUAAGGAGGUUCUUGUUAUUGUUGCUUUGUGUAUUAUUUCAUGAUAAGCACCUUAAAUUCCAAUUUAAGAACAGGUUUGUCUUCUAAUUAAGGUAGAAGAAAAAGUUGUUUUUAUGCUGCUGCAACGCAAACAUUUCCCAAAUUGGGAUCAAUAAAGCACUUCGUAUCUUCUUAUCUUAUUGUUUACGGUCAUCAAAGCACAACAUAUAUCCAGUGGUCACAGAAACAGCUCCUGUGGAAGACACUC